UUUAGUUGGAAUUGGAAUUAUUGGAAUAAAAACAUAAUCGGUGGCUUUUGCCGCAAUAUAGCCUCAAGGACCACCUAACUAUGUCGAUAAACAGACUAUCUAGAUUGCCAGUAACUUUUAAUAAAGUUGGGGACAAAGUUAAAUUUCCUGCGAAAUUGAAAGGAACUAUUGUUGAAAAAUGGGCUGACUAUUGGAAGAAUCUUUUCAUCGACUAUCGUCAAAUGCUCCAGGACCUACGCACAGACAUUCAGGAUGAUCCGAUUAAAGCUCUAAAAUGGACGAUAGGACUAACAACAGUCUACGCUUUAGCUAAGAACAACCCAGAUGAAUUAGAUUUUAAAGACAGAUUGAAGAAGAUACACAACGAAGUUGCAUUGGUCAGCGAAGACUGUUUGAAUCCAAAAUCCUACGCGCACUUACGACAUCUUGAAACUUGCUAUAACCAAAACACUAUCCAUUACAAGAGUUUUGGAAUAGCUUCAGUUAUGUACACCUCAGAUAUAAGUGAAUCAUGUGAUAUGUACAAAGCACACUGUUCUUAUAUGCAACCGUCAAUAUUUAGUUUUCCUUCAAGAAUAGUUGACUUUGGAUUUAUGGGCAAUUGGUGGAACAUUUAUAUUAAAAUGACAAAUUAUGAUGUGAACUUCUGAAAUUAUUGUUCUUAGAUUGAUGCUUAGUGUGAAUUUAGAUGGCAUAUAUUAUAUACAACAAUACUUAUUACUAUAACU